AUGUGCGGACAGCGAGCCCGGGCAGCGUCCCAGGGCAGGGCCCGGUGCUGCGCCCUGCCAAGCACGGUGCCCCUGCUCUUCGCCUACCUGGCCUACCUGGCCCUGGGCACCGGCGUGUUCUGGAUGCUGGAGAGCCCCGCGGCGCAGGCCUCCGAGGCCAGGUUCAAGCGCGACAAGUGGGCACUGCUGCGGAACUUCACGUGCCUGGACGGCCCGGCGCUGGACUCGCUGAUCCGGGGCAUCAUCCACGCAUACCAAACUGGGGACAUCGUGCUGGUCAACACCACCAGCAUGGGGCGCUGGGAGAUCAUGGGCUCCUUCUUCUUCUCCGUGUCCACCAUCACUACCAUUGGCUACGGCAACCUGAGUCCCCACACGAUGGCCGCCCGCCUCUUCUGCAUCUUCUUUGCUCUGGUGGGGAUCCCGCUCAACCUCGUGGUGCUCAAUCACCUGGGGCACCUCAUGGAGCAGGGUGUGCACCGCUGCUCCCGCAGGCUGGGCGGCGCCUGGCAGGACCCGGCCAAGGCCCGCUGGCUGACUGGCUCAGGUGCCCUCCUCUCGGGCCUCCUGCUCUUCCUGCUGCUGCCGCCCCUGCUCUUCUCCCACAUGGAGGGCUGGAGCUACGUGGAGGGCUUCUACUUCGCCUUCAUCACCCUCAGCACGGUGGGCUUCGGCGACUACGUGAUCGGGAUGGACCCCUCCCGGCAGUACCCUCUGUGGUACAAGAACACAGUGUCCCUGUGGAUCCUCUUCGGGAUGGCGUGGCUGGCCCUCAUCAUCAAACUCAUCCUCUCCCUGAUGGUGACCCGGGGGAGGUCCUAUGCCUGCUGCCACCACAGCUCCGAGGGGGACCUCAAGCCCCGAAGCUGGCGGCAGGGCCCAGAGGGAGAGGCCGAGCCCCACCCGCCGCGGCCAGGCUGCUAUCCGGAGGCGCCUGUGGGAGCCAGGCAGCACUCGGGAGUCUCAGCUCAGGUCUCACGCUGCGGGAAGCAGAGCUAG